AUGAGACAAACUAAGCGAGUGUCUCUUGGGAAUGAAUACAACACAUUUGAUUCCACAUACUCUGACACAUACUCCGAAACUUCUACAAGUGCAUUUGGAAACACGAGCAGAAACCCUUCAUCUGGUACAGCCAUACCCAGGAGCAAGGAACUUCUGGAGAUCGAUUCAAGGAGAACCAGUAUAUACGUAAUGACUGCUAUACUUUUUGACGACGAAAUUAAACUCAACGGGCUGUUGGGGGACGAAAAUGAUGUCGCCUAUUGCUUGGUAUUAAGACAUGAUUCGACAAUCUGCCAACAGGAGCAAGCGUUGGACAACUUUCGCGAAAUGGGUCUCGAGGAUACCGAACAGAACUUUGGAAUGGGUUUUGUUGGUAUCACAGGGUGA